AUGUCCGACACGAGAUUGCAUCAGAAGCGUCAAUCAGGCUUCUACAUGAACGCCAACGGAACAGUCACCAAUGACUGCUCAAGCGCGCCUAUAUAUGCCAUCAGAAAUGGCGUCUUAACUGCGACCAUCAAUAACGUUGUCUACUACUAUUCGACCAGUCCAGGGAUAGCGUACUCUCAAUUCGUCCCUUCGCUAACACCAGGGUCUAUAACAACAUCAUUUUCGGCAACGAGUAACGGUCAGCUUUCAUGGUUCAACUCGCAAUUCUAUAACGGACAGGCACAAUUUUGUUCGCUCAGCAAUGGCACGGUUUAUGCCGUGUAUCAGCAAGAUGCAGCGCCUUCUGGUUGCCUGUACAUUCAACUUUCCCUAUUUUCUGUUUCCUCGUGUGCGGCUUUAGCUAUGAGUUCUGGUCCCAGCGGUCCUUCAGGUCCGAGUGGACCUUCCGGAAUAAGCGGCCAAAUUGGAGCUACAGACCUCAAGGCAUCCAAGGAACUCAAGGACUCCAAGGACCUCAAGGCAUCCAAGGAAGUCAAGGAAUCCAAGGAACUCAAGGCAUUCAAGGAAACAAUGGGCAAAACGGGGCCGUCGGCGCAACUGGCCCGCAGGGAAGCCCCGGCUUGCAAGGAAGCGUCGGCCCAACAGGAUCAACUGGCCCAUCCGGCCCCCCAGGCCCAGUCGCAACAGGCAUCCUCUACGCCUACCUAG